CCGAGUGGAAGGCUCGCUUGCCGGGGCCGCCCAAGAGUCUCUUCAGUGCGGGUGCUGGGGCCGCCAUCUUAGAUGGCGGGAGUAAGACGAGAAAGAGCGUGAGACGGGAAGGAUUCUCUGCCGCUCUUCUUGGGCCCCGAAGAGGGCCAGCUGGCCGGGCUUUGGGGUGUGUGCCCUGAGGCGCGGAGCGCGGGUGCGACGAUGCGAGGGCUGCCCGGGGCCCCGUCCCCUGGGCUGGGGACGCGCCGAAUGUGACCGCCUCCCGCUCCCUCACCCGCCGCGGGGAGGAGGAGCGGACCAGACGCCGCCGCCGGACCGCUGGACACGGAGGCGGCCGGGCUCCCUCAGGAAGCUGGUCAUGACUCACCAAAAUGAUUUUCUGAACACUUAUGGGUCAUACUCCACAGUUUGAAAAAGUGCUGAGUUACAGUCUAGGAAAGAAAGAGACUUGAGUUUUUGAAGUCUUCCUUGAAGAAGCUGGCUAUUAAGAAGAUUUAAGUGUUGUGUAAGCAGCAUCAAUGGAGCACAUACAGGGGGCCUGGAAGACGAUCAGCAACGGGUUUGGAUUCAAAGACGCGGUGUUUGAUGGCCCCAGCUGCAUCUCCCCUACACUAGUUCAGCAGUUUGGCUAUCAGCGUCGGGCGUCGGAUGAUGGCAAACUUACGGACCCCUCCAAGACAAGCAACACUAUCCGUGUUUUUUUGCCAAACAAGCAAAGAACAGUGGUCAAUGUGCGGAAUGGAAUGAGCUUGCAUGACUGCCUCAUGAAAGCUCUCAAGGUGAGGGGCCUGCAACCAGAGUGCUGUGCAGUUUUCAGACUUCUCCACGAACACAAGGGUAAAAAAGCACGUUUAGAUUGGAAUACUGAUGCUGCCUCGUUGAUUGGAGAGGAACUUCAAGUAGAUUUCCUGGAUCAUGUCCCCCUCACAACACACAACUUUGCUCGGAAGACCUUCCUGAAGCUUGCCUUCUGUGACAUCUGUCAGAAAUUCUUGCUAAAUGGGUUUAGGUGUCAGACUUGUGGCUACAAGUUUCAUGAGCAUUGUAGCACCAAAGUACCUACUAUGUGUGUGGACUGGAGUAAUAUCAGACAACUCUUAUUGUUCCCAAAUUCCACUGGUGGUGAUAGUGGGGUCCCAGCACUGCCGUCUUUGACAAUGCGUCGGAUGCGAGAGUCUGUUUCCCGGAUGCCUGUUAGUUCCCAGCACAGAUACUCCACACCCCACGCUUUCACAUUCAACACCUCCAGCCCCUCCUCUGAAGGUUCCCUCUCCCAGAGGCAGAGGUCGACAUCCACACCUAAUGUCCACAUGGUCAGCACCACCCUGCCCGUGGACAGCAGGAUGAUUGAGGAUGCAAUUCGAAGUCACAGUGAAUCAGCCUCACCUUCAGCCUUGUCCAGCAGUCCCAACAAUCUGAGCCCAACAGGCUGGCCACAGCCCAAAACCCCUGCGCCGGCACAGAGAGAGCGGGCACCGGGAUCCAGCACCCAGGAGAAAAACAAAAUUAGGCCUCGUGGACAGAGAGAUUCAAGCUAUUAUUGGGAAAUAGAAGCCAGUGAAGUGAUGCUCUCCACUCGGAUUGGGUCAGGCUCCUUUGGAACUGUGUAUAAGGGCAAGUGGCAUGGAGACGUUGCAGUUAAGAUUCUAAAGGUUGUUGACCCCACACCAGAGCAGUUGCAGGCCUUCAGGAAUGAGGUGGCUGUCCUUCGUAAAACCCGGCACGUGAACAUCCUGCUCUUCAUGGGGUACAUGACGAAGGACAACCUGGCAAUCGUGACCCAGUGGUGCGAGGGCAGCAGCCUCUACAAACACUUGCAUGUCCAGGAGACCAAGUUCCAGAUGUUCCAGUUGAUUGACAUUGCCCGGCAGACGGCUCAGGGAAUGGACUAUUUGCAUGCAAAGAACAUCAUCCACAGAGACAUGAAAUCCAACAAUAUAUUUCUCCAUGAAGGCCUGACGGUGAAAAUUGGAGAUUUUGGUUUGGCAACAGUGAAGUCGCGCUGGAGCGGUUCUCAGCAGGUUGAACAACCCACCGGCUCCAUCCUGUGGAUGGCCCCAGAGGUGAUCCGAAUGCAGGAUAACAACCCAUUCAGCUUCCAGUCUGAUGUCUACUCCUAUGGCAUCGUGCUGUACGAGCUCAUGACAGGGGAGCUCCCUUACUCCCACAUCAACAACCGCGAUCAGAUCAUUUUCAUGGUGGGCCGAGGGUACGCCUCCCCAGACCUUAGUAAGCUAUACAAGAACUGCCCCAAAGCAAUGAAGAGGCUGGUAGCUGACUGUGUGAAGAAAGUUAAGGAAGAGAGGCCUCUUUUUCCCCAGAUCCUGUCUUCCAUUGAGCUGCUCCAACACUCUCUACCGAAAAUCAACCGGAGCGCUUCUGAGCCAUCCCUGCACCGGGCGGCCCACACCGAGGACAUCAAUGCCUGCACACUGACCACGUCCCCAAGACUGCCUGUCUUCUAGCUGACUCUGCACCUGCACUCAGGCUGCCAGGUGGGAAGGGAAGUCAGCAGGCACCACCUUUCUGCUCCCUUUCUGUAGGGACAGAGCUUGUCUUCAGAGAAGCUGCUGCUAAGGACCUUCUAGACCACUCACAGGGCCUUAAUUUCAUGUUGCCUUUUCUACCCCUUCUGGCCCUGGGAGGAGGAAGCCGUUUGCAACGCUGGUUUGUCCUGCUCCCACCGCGUCCCCUGUGCUCAUGAGCCGAGCCUCCUCCAGCUGCACUGGGGGCUGGCUGCUCAUGGCAGUACAUGAUCUGGGGCCCCAGCUGUUGGCUAAGUGAGUGUUCUUAGGGUGAGAAAAAGCACUCAGAGGGGAAAUGAAGGUCGCAGGCAAACCGGCCGUGACAUGGGGACAUGUGGAUUUUUGAAAUCAGCUCCUAUGAGGAAUGCUUAUCACAAAAGGACUUCUCUUCAGAGAUUCGUGGUGUGGCACCAAACAGGUAGUUUUGCACAUAAUGCACCAAACAGCCCAGGACUGUCGAGACCGUGACGGCCUGGAAGAGCCUGCUUUGGUACUAUAUGGACUUGACUCUGGGGACACUUCCUUUUCUUGAAGGUCUCCAGUGCUUUGGGAUGGUUUUCCAGAAGAGGCGCUUGGCCUGCCCCUCCCAGCCUCCGCCCUCUCAGGGAGCAGUCUUCCAUCGUGCUGAAGUCUUCUUCCAGGAGCUGCCCCUGUGGGGCGGGGCCCCAGGCCAGCCUUGUCUCUAACGUCACACCGUGUAUGCAAGGAAGCCAGGAACACAGGUUUCUCUUGAUAAUCUGGAUUUUAAUUUUGUUUUUAUUGCGCCUGACAAAAUACAGUUAUUCAAUUAUGUUAUUUUAAUAAAAUAAAUUAAAUGCA